CGGGAGUUGUAGUCGUAGCCGGAAGCCGAUACAGACGCGCGGCGGCAUGUGGCUCCGAGUGUUGCUGGGGGAGGCCCGCGUGGUGGCUGGAGGAUGCCGUGCGCUGGGUUCUCGUCGAUGCUUUCGUUUCUCCCCGCAAUGGACACCUGAGAGCAGCCUGGACCUCCGGCGGAGCCUACAUGCAACGGCGAGGAGAGCUUUCCCGCUCAUCCCCAUUGUGGUGGAACAGACGGGUCGCGGCGAACGUGCCUAUGACAUCUAUUCGCGGCUGCUGCGGGAGCGCAUUGUGUGCGUCAUGGGCCCGAUCGAUGACAACGUUGCCAGCCUAGUCAUCGCCCAGCUACUCUUCCUGCAGUCCGAGAGUAACAAGAAGCCCAUCCACAUGUAUAUCAACAGCCCAGGUGGUGUGGUGACCUCAGGCCUGGCCAUCUAUGACACAAUGCAGUACAUCCUGAACCCCAUCUGUACAUGGUGCGUGGGCCAGGCUGCCAGCAUGGGCUCCCUGCUUCUAGCCGCUGGCAGCCCUGGCAUGCGUCACUCCCUCCCCAAUUCCCGCAUCAUGAUCCACCAACCCUCUGGGGGCGCCCGGGGCCAAGCCACAGACAUCGCCAUCCAGGCAGAGGAGAUCAUAAAACUCAAGAAGCAGCUUUACAACAUCUAUGCCAAACACACAAAGCAGAGCCUGCAGGUGAUCGAGUCAGCCAUGGAGAGGGACCGCUACAUGAGCCCCAUGGAGGCCCAGGAGUUUGGCAUCUUGGACAAGGUUCUGGUCCACCCACCCCAGGACGGGGAGGAUGAGCCAGAGCUGGUGCAGAGGGAACCCACGGCAGCAGCCACUGAACCUCCCACCCCAGCAAGCUCCUGAGCCACACCAGUUUCCAGGAAAGUGGAGGGCCAGCGAAUGUAUCCCAGACUGCUUGCUUUUCAAGGCUGAGCCCAUAGAAGACCCUGGAGGAACUCUGGACUUGGGGUGCUUUCAUGGGUGGUGGCCUAGCUGAGACACUGUGAUUUUUAAUUAAAUCUUUAUGGUGUUUGUUCUGUC